ACGUAUUCACUGUUUAAGUCGAAUAUCAACCGUGGAAGAAACGGUUGUGUCGCUUUGUAGAGCACUGUGAUUAGUAUAAUAAAAAGUUAUUUACGUAGCAAUACUGUGUAAAUUGAAUAAAGUAAGGAAGUUAAAACAUUACUAAGUGUCUAAAAAAAAUAGUUUGUUAAUCGCUAAAAUGACUGUAACUGAAAUAAAAACUAGACCAAUCCGAUUCAAAUUACGAUUGUUGAGUGCAUUACGUGCGAUAUUAGAUUUGGUUACAAGUUUUUUCUUCAAAUUGUACUAUGGAUCAGAAGGGAAGAAGUUACCGGCAAUAACAGAUGACAUUCUUAAACAACCGGCUACAGAAGUCGCUAGAAAAAUAAGGACUAAGCAGAUAACCAGCGUCGAUGUUGUUGAAGCUUGUAUACGAAGAAUAAAAGACAUAAAUCCCAUAGUAAAUUGCUUUGUAGAAAACCGCUUUGAAUUAGCAUUACAAGAAGCGAAAAAAGCUGAUGAAAUUGUAAGAAGCGGUACAAAAACUGUCGAACAGUUGUUGCAAGAGAAGCCCUUUUUGGGGGUUCCUUUUACAACAAAAGAUUGUGUUGCUGUUAAAGAUCUCCAUCAAACCGCAGGAGUAGUUUUAAGGAAGGACUAUAUAGCCGAAGAGGAUGCUGAAGUAAUUAAGCUGUUAAGAGAAAAUGGUGCAAUUAUUAUUGGGUUGACAAACGUACCAGAACUCUGCAUGUGGUGGGAAACUUAUAAUAACAUACAUGGCAGAACGAAUAAUCCAUACAAUACUACAAGAAUUGUUGGCGGAUCCUCGGGCGGUGAAGGAUGCAUUCAAGCUGCUGCGGGCAGUUGCUUUGGAAUAGGUUCUGACAUUGGGGGGUCCAUUCGUAUGCCCGCUUAUUUUAAUGGAAUAUUUGGACAUAAGCCCUCAAGAAAAGCAGUUUCCAACCAUGGGCAAUAUCCGACUUCAGCUACAGAAAUGCAAGGCGACUUUUUAUGUAUUGGACCAAUGACAAAAUAUGCUGUUGAUUUAAAACCUAUUCUCAAGAUUAUAUCAGGAGAAAAUUGCAAGAAACUUUACUUGGAUAAGCCUGUCGAUAUAGGAAAAAUAAAGAUCUUUCAUCAGUUCAGCAAUAAUGCUCCAAUGGCAACCAAAGUAGAUCCAGAAAUUAUCACCGCUAUGGAAAAAGUUGUCGAAUAUUUUAAAUUAAAAUACAAAAUAACAAGUGAAGAGAAAAAAAUUGAACUACUUGAAAGAUCUUCUCCAAUUUGGUUUGCUACUAUGAAAAGCAACAUACCAUUUGGGUCAUAUAUUAUAAAAGAUUACACCUACUGUUCAAUAUUUCGAGAAAUAAUUAAAAGUUUGUUGGGUUUAUCUGGAAACACUUUGAUUGGGCUAUUUACUGCUUUGGUUGAUUAUGAAGUAGUAGAUCUCGAAAGUGAAAAAUAUAAACACUAUAGAAGGUUACGUGAUAAUUUAGAGGACAUUUUCAAAGAAAUGUUAGGAGACAAUGGUAUAUUCAUCUAUCCCGCUCACCCAACCCCUGCGCCAUAUCAUAAUCAGCCAUUGAUGAGGCCUAUGAAUUUCAUGUACACAGCGAUAAUAAACAGCCUUGGCUUCCCUGCAACUACGAUUCCUUUAGGUCUCAGCAGUGAAGGGCUUCCUAUUGGUAUACAAGUAAUUGCAAACCAUAACAAUGACAGACUGUGUCUGGCAGUUGCUGAGGAGUUAGAAAAAGCAUUUGGAGGGUGGAUAGAACCAUGAAAUAAAUCGACUUCUCUUUAAAAUAUAUUCUUCAUAGACCAUUUAAAACAAAAUAUAUUUUCGAAAAUUUUAUCUGUAAAACAAAAAUAUUAAACAAUGUAUUUGUUAUUUGCUUUAUAUAAGCUAGUAUAACAGAUCAGAAUUAAUGAUACAAAAUAUGCCACAUCACACCACUAAUAGGUUUAACUAGUAAGAGUGGGCUAAAAGGUAAUAAGGAAAAAUGUAAAUAAUAAUUUGAAAUACACAUUCUACAAUGUUUUAAUAUUUAAAUAGAUAUUUUUUUUUAAAACAACUUAGCUUAUAACAAUACAAUAAUUUUUAAUAACUUGCCGUUAUUUAUUCCGUUUUGAAUAAAUAUUUAAUAAGUUUAGAUUAUAUAAUUAAAAAGGUGAGGAAUUAAAGAUAGCUAUUGAAUAAAAUUUAACCAAUGUAUUUAAUGUUUAUAAUUAGUGGUGGUUAACUUGGCAUAGCCAGGUCACAUAAUUGCAUAAAUUAUCUUAAUGCAACAUCAGUAAUAUUCCACUUGUAUCAAUUGUUUAUGAAUAAGCAAAUAGUUUGACUUUUUGAGGUUUUUGACGAGAAAAUUAUACAACUUAUUUUUUAUAUUUCCAUGUUCACCAAUUAAGAUAAAUAAUGCAAUGUUGCUACAUGAAUAUGCUUAACUUAACAAAACUCUGUCAUAGCUCAAGUCUUAGAAUUUUCUUAUGAAAUGAUAUAAUUUAUUAAAAAGUAUACUUUUCAA